AUGAAGAAGUCUUUGAAGAAUAUCAAAUUGAAAUUAAGGAACAAAAAGAGGAAGGGAAACUUCGUCUCCUUCUACGACAGAAUAAAAGAAAUUAAUGAGAAAGAGAAGCUGCAGGCAUGUAGCGUACUCGGAGGCGCGAACUACGAAGACGGUGUUAUUUCACAGUGGAUAAGUCACGAAUCUAAGGAUGCCGAAGACCUAAGAAGAACGAACUUUUACGCAGCGUUACAGGUGUACCCGCAAAACUGCUUCAACAGUGACUUCAAAAAAUGCUGCAGAGAACUACAGCCGUAUUCGAAAAAUCUAAUGCUCAUUUUGCUAAACAAAGACAAAAUUUUUGGCACCAUUUUCAAGUACAUACAGAAUAGCAAAAUCCAAAAUGACGAAAAUUAUUUUUAUAAAUUAUUGGUGAUUCUCAUAAAGGAUUUAAAAGAUGAAAGCAAAAAAUACAUAGAUCAUAUUUUAAAAAUAUUGUACGAUAAAAUUAAUUUCAACAAUCUGGACCUUUUGGAGGAAAUAUUUAAUACCUAUGCAAAUAUAUUUCGAAUAAUGAAUAGAAAAAUCAUAAGUAACGUUGAUAAGUAUAUAAAAAUAUCUCUACCCCUGUUACAGCAUCGAAAUAGUAUUGUAAAAAUUUUCAUUGCGGAUAGUUUUUCCUACCUCUUGAGGAAAUUAUCCCUACACGAUUUAAUAGAGUGUUUUCAAAAGUUAUUUUCCUUUUCCGAUUGUGUGAAAAGGAACAAAGUCAGAGAUUAUUGUGACACGGUGAGCCUCCUCAUGUUGGAAGCUCUAAAAGUAGACAAAGACAAAUUGUCCAGAAAAACUUUGCCAUUUUUGAAGUUUAUAAUUUAUUCACUAUUUCUGAACGAGACAUAUUAUUGUGAGGAGACCGAUAAUCAUUAUGAACCAAUUGAGGACACGCACUAUAUGCACUUUUUAAAAAAGGCAGUUGCGAGUUUCCUCAUUGAUAUUUAUAAUUUUACGAAAAAUGGGACAUUCGAAUUUGUGGAAAUAUUUCUAACCUUCAUUUUGAGAAACUACUCCAUCCUGUUUAGAAGAUACUACAACGAUGUGUUAGUUCAGUCGGACCAAAGUACACAUGCGUUGCAUUUGCUGAUCAGUCAAAGGGGCCCAAAAGGGGUCUCCUCAAUUUUUCCCUCUUCAGCCAACGCGGAGGGGUAUAGUAGUGGGGUAUUAGCUAAUGCACAUUAUUUGCAAGGAGAGCAUGACGCCGAAGUGGAGGCUUCUCCACUGAGCUAUGUUCCGGAUGGAGCACCAGGCGGCAGCUCCAAACUUCGAAACAGAACCAGCAACUACAACGACCAGCUUAGUUCUGAUCACCCACACUUAUGUAACAACCAAGCACAAUCCUCCGAAACGGACAGGAAGGCCUUUUUUGCCAAAGAAAUUUUUCACAGCUGUACAGACUUUUUUCUGAAAAAAAUAUUAAGCAUAUGGAUAGACAAAAACAGCAAACAGAAAUGUAUAAUUGUAGAAACCGCGCUUCGUGAACUCAGUAAAUACGCUCAAGAUGUGAAUCGUUUGGAGUUAAAUUAUGUCUCCUUUUUUUAUAUAUGGAAUAUCUACGACCACGUGUUUUUUUUACUAAAUCGGGAUGUGGUUUCGAAUGAAGGCAUAAAAAAUAUGUUCAUCUCCCUCAUCAAGGUGUUUAUGAGCAUCGUGACUGCACAGCACUGCAAUGAUGUAAGUAGCCACCACCCUCUUCGAGACUCCCUUUAUCGCCGUUUCAUUCUCAACGUGGAUGAACUGUUAGGCAGAAAAAAUCACAGCAGCGGAGAUUCACACCUGAACGAUAUUCUGGAGUGUAUAUUUGUCAACAUAGCGAGACAUGUACAACAGGAUGAUAUAUUUAUGCGUGUGAAGGAGUGCCACAUGGUGGACGGACUGAAGGAGGGAACUGGCCAAAACCACUUUCCCGAAAAGGAAAAUAUGUCUAAACAAAUUGACCCCUACAACAGCUCCGAUGAGGGUGCUAAUCUACAUUUGGGAAAAAUAUCCCUCCUGUUUGACAUUUUGAAGAGCACAACAGGAGGGGAGAGUAGCACCGCGGAAGAUUCCCCAACACAAAUGCAAACAGAGCUUCAUAAUUUAUUUUCCACCACCUUUGAAAAAGUAAAAAACAUACUUGCAAUUUUGAAGCGAAUUAAUGAGUGUGCCAAUGUGAACAGUUCAACGCACGUCGAAAACGGGGAAGAGGUUCUAAACGAACCCCAGAAAAAUCUCCAAACAAUAGUACAGUUUUUAUUUGCAUACGUCAGCCUACUAUCAGAGAUAAGCAGAACCGAUGAGACCAUACUACUUCUAUGCACAAAAGGAAGUGCUAAGAAAAAUGAGGAGGACAAUUUUUUUACUAUAUUUGGAGAAAUAUGUGACAGGGUGGAAAAACUAAAAAGUAGGCAUUCCAUAGGAAGGAGACUUCACAAGGAGAACUCCUCUCCCGAUAUGAAUUUUUACCUGAACAACAUCAUACUCGAUGGAAAUGUUAUGAUGACAAGGUUGGCGAAGACAAUGUGUGAACAGAGCGAAGUAAUGGAAAACGUCGUUCCAAGCAACAACAAGUUUUUACUCAACUGUUUAAGCAAGUGGGAUAAAGACGAGGUGUGUGGUGUGGACUACCUGAAAAAAAUAAAAAAUAUAAUUACCAACUUGAACGAAAUGAACUACUUUGCACACAAAACGGAUGACUUAUAUGCAUAUUUAAAGGCCCUUAAAAAGUUGUUUCUCUGUUACGAUAACGCAAAUAGGAAAGAGUUCCUUCAAAUUAUCCAAUUCGUAAUAAGCAUAUGUAUAGUACUCAGACGGGACAAAGGAAAUUAUUGUACUACAAAUGAGCACAACAUCGCAUCAGGGGAGAGUAAUAGUAACCCUGCUUGCUACUCCAAACUGUUGCCCCUUUUUGACUGUCUCAUUUAUUUAGAAAAUGAAGAAUACUUAGCUACGUACGAAAAGAUUUAUGAAUCCAAAAUUAUUGAUGUAGUAAAUUAUUUGACCUUUUUUAAAAGCUCCAACAUUUUUAGCGAUUACUUGAUGAAGGUGGCCACAAAAAUUUGUAUUGUAGAAUUGGUUUUUCUGUUAAGUGCUAGCUUGGUAAGUAUCCCCAAGGCAAUUACUGUUCACGUGAAAAACUUCCUGCGCUCGUACAGCAUAGACAAACAAAUGGACGACGAAGAGAGUUGUACCCACCAGAUGGAAUACUAUUUUUUUGUACUAAACGAGGUAUUCAAAAUGGGUCAGGCAAAGCUGCUCAUGGUGGAGGGGGAAGUGGGUAGAAAAACUACUCCAGAUGAAGAUUCCUGGAGUGACAACUGUGAGAAAGAGAACACUGCAGAUGACAAUGCGGAACGUUUUGUGGAUGAGGUGGACGGAAGAGAGGAUCACAGUGGGAGUGACGCGCGUCUCCACUGCUCUGCCCCGCUUGGAAACCUCAUUUGGCAGAACAUAGAAGAGUGUGAAAUUACUAUGCGACAAUAUGUGCUCACACAGAGGAGCAAUCCAUCGUCCACUGUUGAAGGAAGAAAAUAUGUAAAUGCUGAAAAUGCCCUCAAAAUUGCAUUCUCCGCCAUCCAUAUGGUGAUCGUGCCUCAAAUGAAUAGCCUUAACAAAUCGUACAGAGCGAAACUGCGAGACAUGUACGUUUGGAUAAUGAGCUAUAUUAAUAGCAAUUUCAGGCCCUUCGUCCAGGAGUUAAAAUAUUACUCUCUUCUGAAUGUGGUGUUUGACAUUGUUGGGAGUUUGAAUGAGUUGUGUCGUGGGCAUGGGGGCGCUUCCCUAUCUGUCACAUCUACGCAGCCACAAGUUGAGCAAAUCAUCCGCGCCGUAAAAAUCUUCGUAAGCAAAUUUGCGUACAGCAUGCACAUUUUGAGCAUCCCCAACAUGAUCAAAUUUUUGCAUAUACUGUGCUCGUACAACCGGAAAUUAAAUAACUACAAAAAUGAUAUUGAGGAAGUGCUACUGGAGAAGAACAUCAACAUUACCAAAUUACUACUGAACAUAAAAGAGGAAGACAGCAGCGGGAUUAUGCCGAUGUUGAUAAAAAUCAUUUUCUGCAUUUUAAAAAAUAAAAUGAAAAAAGGAAAUAAAAAAUUGAAGAAAAAUAUGAUUUUUUACCUGUCCAACAUUUCUUGUGACAAUUACUGCCACAUCCUUAUAUCCGUAGUGUACCCCCUGGUGAAUGUAUACGAGGGAUCAAUUGACUAUGGAAACUUAGUCAGAUACGGAGACAAGGAGAGGGUGUUGGUCAGUUUCCUCACCAAUUGUCAGGGGAACUUUGGAGCGCACUGGAUAUACCAAUGUGAUACGCGGACGGUCAGUUCAGCCAUUGCAGCGGCGAGUGCAGUCGAUGGGGAAGAAAUUUCCCUCUACUACGACGACACCUUUAAUCACUCCAGUUGGCAAUUUGGCAACCAUAUAAUUGAAAUAAAAAAAGACGCGCUGUUCAAAAACUUCCACUUCAACAAAAGCUUUAAUCUUUUUAUCGAGAUACUGAAGAUCAUGAAGUACAAGCUGGACACCUACAUGGAGUUUUUCUUCCAUGUCUUUGUCACCAUAGCUCACUACAUCAAUGUGUACCACUUGAUGAAAAAGAAGGCCAAGGAUAGGAGGAUUUUGCUGGUGGUAAAGAAGAUGGAGAGUCGAGACAAAUGUGGAAGCCACGAGGAGGGGGAGGUGCCCCACAUAGUUAGUAGCCCCGGCAAGAGUGAGUACGAGGACCAGGCGAAAGAUCACCACCAAAAGAUUGAUCAAGAGCAUGACCGUGACCUUGCCGCCCCCCGCGAACACAGUUUCGAACUCAGCGUCAAGGGCUCCUAUCUGAAGAACGCCAACAAGAAGUGCAUCGAGAACAUCCAGUUCAUCAUGCUAAACUACGAAAUGACAAAUUGCAAUUUGGAGAAGGCCAAAGAUUUCUUCGCCUCCCUGUUCCGUAAAAAUGUCAAGAACAUAGGCAAACCAAAUUUGUUCCUGAAAAUUUUGUUUGACAUUUGGAGCAAGAACGAAUCGUAUCACCGGUUCUACGAUAGCAUCAUACCUAACUCAUUAUCCGUUUUAAUAAAAGCUGUAAACAACCAAAUAAUUGUUAGCCGAUUAAGCUACCAUGAAUGGAACGCACUCACGGAGAAGGUGUUCGACGUCGUUUUGCGCCUGUGUGGUUAUGACCAUUUGAAUGAGAAUGAAGUGAAUUGGCGUAAAGGAGAAGCCCCCAUAAAGGAACAGGAGCGCAUGCGGGCGAGAGGCAAAAAUAGGGGAGUACUGACCAUAGUGGAAAAGAGAAAACGCUCUGAUGUGUCUCCUUCGAAUGGCAUGAAGAUAUUGAAGCCGCUCAUUCCAGACAUUAUCAUAUGCAUCAAGAAAACCAUUUUAAGAAGGUACAAACAAUUCCUUGUAGAAAAGGAAGCGGGAACUGCACUGCGCAAAAAAAGAAAAACGGAUGAAUUAAAAAUUAUUAGCAAUAAAGAACUAUACAUUCUAAUUGAAUUAUCUGCAGUGAACAAAAACCAGACGUACAAUUUGCACGUCAUUAAUAUAAUUAUCACCUUCGUGCUUAUGAAUACCAGAUCUCUGCAUAGUACAAAUUCUGACCACGUGCACAAGCUGAAACUUAUAUUGGUAGCUUUGAAGAGGUUACUCAUAAAUAUAUCAAGUGGGAAAAAUGAGUACCCAAAGUGGAGGGGCAAAAAGAAAUCCAAUUGCAAUUUGUCUUGCUAUCAGGUAGCGCUCAGGAACACUACACUUAGAUGUGCUAAUAUAUCCCAUACAGAAAACGUACAAGACAAAAUACGUGCGAGAAAAAGAAGCGUACACUCAUACCACCAUGCUCAAAAAUUGUACGUAUGCUACAAAAUAAAAACCAUGGUGUACGAAAUUGUCCAGAGAUGCUAUGACAUAAGUUGUAGAGUCCUCGCUGGGGAUCUCCUAAUUAUGAUUGGUUGCAUUUUUCUAAAAAUUAGAAACAUAAAUAGAUAUUUAGAAAAGUUUAAAAAAAAUAUGGACACCUUUUUAAAAAAAACGAACGAACUUAAUUAUAACUCCAGAGUAGUCCUAAAGCAGAUCGUGAAAAUUCCUUUAAAAAAUGAUCAGGCCAGGAGACAGAAUUAUUAUUACACCUUCCUUCAGAUUGCCCAGAUAUUUUGCGGCCUUAACAUUUGCAAUGAGAACAGCUCCCAGCAUGAAUACGACGCGGAUGUACAGUUUUUAAUUUUCCUCGAUUUGUGUAAUGUGAAAAUGUCUACCGUUAUGAAGAGUUAUACGCUGGGAGGGGACGAGUACCCAAUGGGAAGCCACAACAAUGGAGAGCUACACAAGGGGAAGAACAGGAAGACCGAGGGGGUGACACCCGACGGGAUGACAACCCACGGGACGAAGACGCCUCGGAAAUUUACCUUUGAUCACCUUUUUUCAAAUAGCAACAAGUUGCUCCUUGAAAUCCUCGUGAGACAUUGCUCCUUUUUAAUUUUUAACGAAACGGCCAAUGAUAUGGUUAGGGACAAAUCCGUGCAGUUCAUAUUGUUCUUCCCGAAAUUCUUGAAAUGGCUACUGCAGGCAUAUGAAAGGAGCGAUGAAAAUGUGAAUCACCUGAAUAUCUCGCGAGACGUCAAAAUAUGUGUCCACUUCGUACUCAACAUUAUAAUACCCAAAGCGCUCAAUGCACUAAAAAAGAACGUUAACGAUUUUACCAAAAUAGCGCUACACAUUAUCUUCACAACCAUUAAGCUAGUUAACCCCCACAUGGAAGCACUCAAACGAUUAGAUGUCGAACCCUUUUUAAGGAAGGUUAAGAAUUCUCUAGUAAAAAAUUAUGUACUCAAUACAGACACACAUUCUUUGUUCUGCUUUAGCGCCGUAAAGGUGAAGAAGAAUGAGCAGAGGAUCCUUUCCGAACAGGAAAAGACCAACUUCAAAAUUUUGGAAAAGCUGCUAUUUCACGAUUUACAUCACAACGUAGUUGGAACUGUGCAUGAAAGUACGUCUCAUCAGAAGGGAAGGAAAAAUGAAGAAAAUAAUAAGCGUAUAUCCAUAAUUGAAAAUAUUAUAGACCUUAAAUCAGAAAACAACUCCAAAGGUGUGGACAAAUUAGUGGCCAUUACCCCCCUAUUAUGGUACUAUACCAUUUCUAAAAUUGUAAUCCCACUUGCACUGAAUUACAUCCUUCAAACCAGUUCAAAAAAAGAAACAUAUAACAAAACUCUCAGCGCAAAUAGUAUCAAGUUGCUUGGAACGUGCACCGAGAGGGUGGGUGUCAAAGUUGUUUACAACCUCCUAGAGUUGCUUCUUUCAGAGUUGAAGAAAAACUCAUUUAAUAAGGUAUACAUCGAAAAGGCAGUAAGUCACAUUGUGAGGACGUACGAUUUUAGGGAGUUCCAGGGCAUUCAAUUGGAGCAGAAUGUGGCCCGCCCAGGGGGAGCAGCCUCGGAUGGAUUUAAAAAUGAGGAAGAAAUAAUCCCCGCCUCAGAGCACAGCGAAAGGAUUGAACUGGGGGGAAUUAAGGAGAUAGAACCUGCAGAAGAAGAGCAGCUUGUGGACACCGUACCAGAAGGGGACGCACCUGUAGAGGCCAAACCGACGGGGCGGUCUAGUCCGAGCCCGCUCUGCCACAAGUUCAUCCGGCGCAUACUGCCGCAGCUAAAGCUACUAAUGUUUGACAAAUUAGCAAUGAAAGACAAGAAAAAAGAAAAGAGCUACAUAAAUGACCAAGUCGUUGACUACAAAAAUAAAGAGGCAGUGGCCAAGGCAGACAUCAUCAUAUCAUUUUUAGUAAUCCUAAACAAAAUGAAUUACAAUUUUGAGAAAGAGUUACACAAAAUAAUAUACAGAUUAUGUUCCUGCUUGUCGUCCAAAAAUAACAAUGUAAGAAGUGAAUCGAAGAAGACCAUGUGUUAUAUUUCCAUGUACCUCGGUUUGAGCUACUUCGAUUUGAUCAUAAAGCAAAUGUCGGAUUACCUGACCAAGGGGUAUCACGUACCGAUAUUUUUGUGCACAGUUAACUCCAUUCUGGAAUCUGUGCUAAAAAAGAAGGACAAAUUUUUAGACAACAAUUACUUAACAAUUGGCAUUAACGCUGUAAGGGAUGGAAAUAUCAAGAGAUCCAAGAGAAAACAAUCCGAUCGGUUCAGCGGAAAUAGCGCCACCCCACAUGACGCCUUCUGCAACAACAUCUUUAACAUGAUCAAGCUAGAAAUAAUAAACGAAAUUGACAAAAAUACGGAAGAUGUUAACAAGAAGCAUAUAAAAAGAAAAACGAAGGAAGGCAAAAAGACCUAUGGAAGGAAUAUCAUUAAACUGUUAACAAAUAUAGUACCUGAAAAAUGCAUCGAAAAUAAUAUCCUCACAUUUUUAGAAAGCUUAUUUAGUGGAGAAUCUUUCGAAAAUAACGAAGUGGAUAAAAAUUUUAUUUUUAAAAAAAAAUACAUUUUUAUUGUAUCUUCUUACUUCAACAAUUUUGUAAAAGGAAUAGAAGAGAACAGAGGUCUAUCCCCCCAUUUUGUCCUAAACAUUAUUUACAAACUGUUAACAAAGUCGGUGUAUUUUUUCAGAGGUGAUGAUUAUCAAAAUUUACGCAGUGUUAUGCAAAAUUGCGCCAUUCUACUUUUUAAAUACAACGUCUCUGACCAAGAAGUGCAUACCUUUGGCAACUUCAAAAAGGGUAUGCAGUUUUUUGUGCCCCAAGAAGCAAUGGAAGAGAGAUACUUGGGAAUUAAUUACCAACAGAAAUGUGUACAUUACCCUUCCAAGGGGAACAACAAUAUGCAUAUAAUACAGGGGUCAUUUCAGGAGAAAAGCAUUUAUGAUGCUAUUGGAACGACGAAGAAAUUUGAUUUCCAAGUCAUUGCACAAGUGUUGGCUAGGGGUGCCCUCAAGUUAUUAGCUUACGUGGUUAAGCGCUCUUCAGAAUUGUUCGCGGAGGAGAGAAGGUUAAGAAGUAAUGAUGGAGAUGGUCUCAUAACUGAUGCUAAUAACAACAUGGAUCGUACUGUCCAAGGUGAGAAGUACCCUGUCGGAGCGAUCAAAGAAACGCUAACUUGCAACUCCGCGUCCACCACCGUAGAUGAUAGAUCGCUUAGCGAAAAUGAAAACGCUCAGAAGGGGCGACUCACCCCUAUUAGUAAUAACAAGGGAAGCGCCGCAGAGGCAGUCGUCACCUCCGUGGGGCACAGAACUUCUAAUACAGAAAUAAACCAUAAUGAUGGGGGCUCCUUUUCAAGCUUCCCCGAAUUUAUAUGCCGCAUUGAACCGCUCCUCGUGUACUUUUUCUGCUACGGAAAGGAAGACGUAUUUGUGUUGGCCUCCAAGUGUAUCAAAAUUAUUAAAAAAAAGAAAUUUAGCGAUUUUAGAAAGUUUGGAAAAUUAAUUAUUCUCUCAUCCGUAGACAUACUAAAAAAUAUUCCCAAUUAUUACAGCAAAGAAUUUGACAAGCUCAUUCUGUCAUGCAUUGACACGUUGACAUAUCUCAUACGAGGCAAUAACAAAAAUGACAUUAUAUCUUGGCUGAAUUCGGAUCUAUCCAGUCGCGGAAAACCUAGUGGUAGUGUUGAUGAACCUACAAAUGACGACACCGUUUCGAAGAAAAAGAGAAGACUGGAAGAGGCCACAAAGAGAACUAAUCACAAUGACUCGAUUGGGAACACAGCCAAGUUAAAGAAACAAAAAAAGCUGAAUUAUUUGCUGGACGAAAAGGUCUUAUCUUUGUAUUAUCCAACCCUAGCGGGGGGAGAACAUUUGCAGGAGGAACAAGAAGAAUCGACCAACUCUCUACGAUACUGCUUAAUUAACCAGAUUUCCAUGCUACUAGAAAGUAAGAACCAUGUGUGGGAGUUGCUAAUAUUAUUUAAAAACUGUAUGCUAAGGGAAGACAUAAAUAACAUCAUCAGGAAGGGGUCGAUUAUCCUAAAAAUGAACAGCUGCAUUGAUCAAAUCUUCACCAUCAUGAUAGCAGAGUCUCAUAACUUGAAAUUGUCAUUUCUGUGUGGACAAAUUUAUGUCGAUUUUUUGAUGCGCUUUCCUAUAUCAAAGAAGGAAAAGAAAAAAAAGUUUUUCCAAAUUUUAAAUAAUUUAAAUGAUGAAAAUGACGACUCCAGAAUUGCCAUUUUGAAUGCUCUCUACGUCUUCCUCAAUAGAGCUAACGCCAAGUUAUUAAAGGAGGAAUUUUAUUACGUUAUUUUCGCAAGCAUCAUAGUGCAUUUUACUAAUGAAACAAAUUACAAGUGCAAGAAGAUGUAUAUUUUUCUGACCACAUUACUAUUUCAACAAGUGAACGAUUUGACAUACAUUUUUAAUUCAUAUAAAAUAUUAAAGCGCAACUUAUUCUUUUGCGAAAAGGCAUCUUUCACGUAUACCUACUUAUAUUUGCUUCCUCUUUUCUCAUCCAUGUUUUCCGAGCGGAUUGAUUCAUAUGGACAGAUGAUUCAGGGUGAUGAGAAGCUAGAGCAGGAUGAGCGGAGUUCAGUGUCGAAGGAGGACCAAAAAUGCAGGCGAGACAGAAUAUUGCAGCUAACGUUUCAGGGGAGUGAUGAUGGGUCGACGGAACAUUACGAAAACUGGGAAUCUAGUGCAUGUCGCCAAGAUGAACCUAAUGUGGAUACCUCCCUUGAGGAAGACACCCCGAUCGAGGGACACAAGACCAUUAGAAAUUAUUUCAUAAAAGAACUAUUAAAAAGCACAAAAAAAAAGCACAAUACCAUGAAAAACCCAAAUGGAAGCAACAGUGUAGUUGUGACCGCUCCCCCCAGUGACAUCAUCCUUUUUAUGAAAAACCAACUAGAAGAUUUGUUCUUGUCGGUCAUGUUUUAUCUAAUCGAUAAGACAUGCGCUGAUGUGAAGGCGUUCAUGAAGGAGGACAAACUAUCUCUUCAAGUAGUAACCUCUGCGCAAAACAUUACCCAUUUUAGUGGCAACUAUAAGAUAUACGCAACGAUGGAUCAGGAUUUAGUAUACCUCUUUUACAAGUCACUAGAGCAAAUUUUUACCCAUAUGGAUUUAGACUUGAUAGAAGAUCUGGUGCAGGAAAAACACGUACACAAAAUGUACAAGCGAUACUUUUUAAAGGAAGACCAACUAGAGUAUCACAACGGACAGUGUACAGCGGAUGGGGAACAGGAACCAAACGAAACAGCAAACGAAGAUACAAUCCAUGACAAAUUAAUUUUGUACUUCCUAUACUUUUGGAAUUUGAUCAUUGAAAAUGGACUGUUCAAUAAAAACCCAUAUGUGCAAAUCAUAUCGUGGAAGAUGAUGCUAAAUUAUAUAAGUAACAAAAUGGCACAUCCGUAUUUUCCUCUCCUAUUGGUCAAGUUGUUUUCCUCAGAUAAAUUUAUUAUCAACCUGAUUUUAAAGAAAGUUCUUUCUCUCCUCUUAAAUUCAUACUUUCUCGAACAUUUCUACAUAUAUCAUAAAGAAAUUAGUGUUUUGCUCUCCAAGAUUUGCGUGCUGUUGGUUAACUUCCCGUGGAUUACCAACGGGUUUGAUGACCAAAGUGGUAACGAAGGAGUAGCUUGUGAUAGGUACUGUGUGGGAAAUCGCAACCAAGUAAAAAGGCAGUGUGAUUCAUCUUGUGGUAAAGAGACCCAGUAUGCACAUCUCAACGGUGCUUCAAAUAUCAUUGCCCAGGAGACAUCCAUGGAGGAAAACCAAAUGGACAACCAAUUUAGCGGUUCAAGUGAUGUCGAAGGAGACGAAGAAUUCAAAAAAGUAAACAAAAUUUUGCAGAAUGAACAAGAUAAAAAUAUUUCUUACGAUCGGGUGGGAACUUUAAUGAUGACAAAUUUAAAAAUAAACAAGGAAAUGUUGUCCUACAGCAAAUUCUUCCUAGUGAUGGUUACCCUUUCACGUGCCAUCAACAUCCAUUUGAUAAACAAGAAAAAAUCUUUUGUGAGAAUUCUAACAAUUUUAAAUACGUACAAAAGUAUAAUUCAUGAUUUCCCCCAAGAUCUCUGGGCUCUCGAGAAUGAGAUAAUUAACAUCGUGCUCCCAUCGUUAUACAAAGUAGCUUCCAUAUUUAAAAAGAAAUAUUUUGUCGAGGAUGAAAAGAUUUUCGAAGAAGAGAACACAUACAACAAGCUCCUUUACCUAUCGAGCUACGCGUGGGACAUUAUUUCUCUUCUGGAGGAAAAACUGCAAAAUAAUAGGAGCACUUUUAAUAAAGCCUUCAUUCAAGCGAGACAGAGGAUCAACCGAAUUAGGUUUAUCAAAAAAAAGAAGAAGAAUUUGUUAGCCUUGAAAAAUCCCAAAUUGUUUACCCUAAAUAAGUUAAAAAGGAGGGAGAAUAAAAAAAUGCAAAAGAAGAAAAUGAAAAUCAACCUUUAG